AUGCGUCGAUCACCAAGCUCAUCGCUACCGCCUGGAUUUACUAGCAAAGCACUAGGUUCAUUGCAGAGAUUGCAGCAGGGACUAUCUACUCUCGAACUAGUCCACACGCCUCAUGGGCACUGGCCAUACCGACCUGAACAGUUUCAUAUGAGGAAGUCUUGUCCACUCCGUGUGUCUGUCCUGGAUUCGUCAUUCAAUCCCCCAACACUGGCACACCUAGCACUGGCGAGAUCAUCCCCUCGAGGGCCAACGGACCAAGCAGUUUCUGCUUCGGAAAUUGAUUAUGAUGCGAGACUCCUUUUGCUAUCCGUACGGAACGUAGAAAAGUCUUUGGUGCCGGGGGACGCUACCUACGUCCAGCGGUUGGAGAUGAUGUAUCUCUUGUCACUCGGUACCGUUUAUAUCGGCAACAAUGUUGCCGUGGCAAUCAUCGACCAGCCCACUUUCGUUGGAAAGUCAACUAUCUUACACUCUUUCUUCCAGAGUAAACUCGCGUCAAUGCAUACCCCACUCGCCGCGGGGAUGGGGGCCCUUCAUCGACCCAAGCUGACCUUCUUACUGGGCUCUGAUACACUCGUUCGCGUUUUCGCCCCCAAGUUUUAUGCCUCGGAAGAAGAGAUGACAAGACUUCUCCAAAAUUUUCUUUUUCCGGACGGUCAGGACUGUCAGAUAAUAUGUGCUCACCGACCGAACGUGACCAUCGAUGAAGAAGUUAAAAGAAUGGCGUUGAAUGCUUACAGAAAGUUCGUCGACCGUGAACGUAUCCACUUCAUAAAUAUCGGCGACGAUGAACAAACCCUUAGCUCCACUCAAGUGAGAGUUACGGUUGCGGCGGGCAAGGACGACUGGAAGCGACUAGUCACUGACCUUGUUGCCAACUACAUCAUCGAAAAUGGGCUCUAUGUCUAA